AUGGAGGUUAGCUGGAUAUGCACAGGUAUUUCUUUUACCGAAUACAAAUGUUUCUGCUUUGCUCUACUCCCCUGCAGGUCAGUGUUGACUGUUGCUUGUGAACAGACUGAAGUACUGCUUUUUGACCCAAUAUCUUCAAAGCACAUCAAAACUCUCUCUGAAGCCCACGAAGACUGUGUAAAUAAUAUCAGGUUCCUAGAUAAUCGACUGUUUGCGACUUGUUCUGAUGACACUACAAUAGCACUUUGGGAUUUGAGAAAGCUGAACACGAAAGUGUGCACUUUACAUGGUCACACCAGCUGGGUUAAGAACAUCGAGUAUGAUACCAAUACGAGAUUACUAGUAACGUCAGGGUUUGAUGGAAAUGUGAUCAUCUGGGACACAAACAGGUGCACAGAAGAGGGAUGUCCUCACAAGAAGUUUUUUCAUACCCGUUUUCUUAUGCGAAUGAGGCUGACACCAGACUGUUCCAAAAUGUUGAUCUCGACCUCCUCUGGAUAUCUUCUGAUUUUGCAUGACCUUGACCUAAACAAAUCUUUAGAGGUUGGCAGCUACCCAAUUUUAAGAGCUAGGAGGACUACAUCAAGUUCAGACAUAACGUCAUCAGGUUCGUCUGGUCCUCGAGCUGUCGGUUCACCGUGUCACCAGAAUGAUUCAGGCCCACUGUCUGAGAAACAUAUGUCACGGUCCUCCCAGCGAGAAGGUGGUUCACCUAGAAAUAGUUUGGAGGUCUUAACACCAGAGGUUCCUGGAGAAAGAGAUCGAGGCAAUUGCAUUACAUCACUACAGCUACAUCCAAAAGGGUGGGCUACGCUUCUUCGGUGCUCAAGUAAUACAGAUGACCAGGAGUGGACUUGUGUCUAUGAAUUCCAGGAAGGAGCCCCUGUGCGCCCUGUCUCACCUCGUUGUUCCCUGAGAUUGACUCAUUGCAUUGAAGAAGCUAAUGUGGGCCGGGGUUACAUCAAAGAACUUUGUUUCAGUCCUGAUGGUCGGAUGAUUUCAUCCCCGCAUGGCUUUGGGAUCCGUUUGUUGGGGUUUGAUGCACACUGCAGCGAGCUUGUUGACUGUUUGCCCAAAGAAGCCAGUCCCCUGAAAGAAAUCCGUUCCCUCUACUCUCACAAUGAUGUGGUACUGACAACCAAAUUUUCUCCAACACACUGUCAGAUUGCCUCGGGGUGCCUUAGUGGACGUGUUUCUCUGUAUCAGCCAAAGUUCUAGGCACAUAUUGCAUCAACAGGACCUUCAGAUGUUUGUGGUUUUUACUUCAGUUUAGUUGAAGUGUGUUCUUUCUGAAAUAUCUAAAUCCAGAUAAGAUCAUAGUUACUAUGAUCUCUGAACACAACAGUGGAACAAGUUCCCAGCCCAGCACUGUAUGCAUUCUCAUACUGCAUCCACAAGUCCGCUUCCAUGUGCUGUGUUUUCAGACCUCUGCUCCUGCUGAUCCUGUGCCAUUAAGUCAUUGUUCUGGUUUGUUUGUACCAUGCUACUUGUUGAUAAUUUCCUUCAAUGCAACUUGAAGUGGGCUCUUUGAAACAAAUAUAGAGGGGGCAAGGGUAGCAGUCCAGCCAAAACUUGCCCCGGCUCUCCAGGUAUGACACCUUGUUCCAAAGGAGCUAGACUUCCUCAUGUAUGCUUCUUUGGCAGUUUCUGUUGCUGAAACUACUAUAUGGUGAUUAUUAGAUGAUGAGCUGCUUUUCUGUGUAACUAACAGAAUUAGUUACUGUCACAAAAAGAAAAAGUUUUGGUUUUGUUUAUAUAUUAAUUCAGUUGCUUGUGAUUGGCUAGAAAAAUGAGUUGAUGUUCUGUAAUGUUUUGCUGCAGUUAAAACAUCUUUUUUUCUGUGAUUGCAUAUAUUGUGUUUAUUGCCAGAAGGAAGAGGUUCUGUAUGGAGAUGUAGCUGCAUUUUUUCCUCAGAGAAUUUACUAGGAAAAGACUGGGGCAGGGAAGCAGGAGUUGAACAGCUAAAGACUCUGCCCUGUAACCACUGCAGAUGAACAGUUUGGAUGUUUUGUACAAUGGGGAUGUGUCAGCCUUUCUUGGGCAACUUUGACUCCUCAGCCGCCAGGGUUUCUGUUGUAGGGAGCUUUCUGCAUCAGUAACACAAACCUUCAUCCCACGUUUGAAACAACACGGCAGAAUUUUCUGCUGAUGUUAAGGCUAUUUCCCACCUGACUGUUUUUCCACACCUCGCCUGCACCAUUGCCGUGAGAGGAAUUCAUCUAGGAUGUGUCCGUAGUAUCACCAGAUAAGCCUUUCUUCACAUGUACUGUCAGUUUGGGAAUGGAUUAAAAGCAUGCCUGUGUACAGUAGGAUCUAUUUGGAUUUAACCGGGCUGAUUGUAAGAUGUAAAAAAAGUUAAUGUUCACCAUUAAAUCACAUAUUAAGCAUGAAUGCUAAGUUUUGCACCUCAAGUUAAUAUAGCUAACCUCAUAAAUGCACAAUUAUUUCAGUCUCAUAUGUCCAUAUCAGUUUAUAAUAUUCUCAUCAAUUAUGUGUUCCAAGAUUUUUUUUGGUAUUUCAUUAAGGUUUUGCUGACCAAUCACACUCAAUUCAGCAGGAAGCUUUGCCUAAAAAGGAGUGUCAUAUUUUGGUGUUCAGAUUCACUAUCUCCAGCUCAACAGAGCAUGCUUUUUAAAAGCUGACUCCUGUAAAGCCUUUUGCAAAGUGUGUGGGGAAAAAGAAGACAUCUGUGAAGAUAAGAUAGCCAGAAGUACUAAGCCUGAUGAUCCUCUUGUAGUUUUGAAUUUGUGUGGGUAGCAUACUCUGGGAGUUGGUGAAGUUAUUGAAACUUAAGGCUCUUCUGCAUUAUGAGAAAAAAAAAUCUUAAAUUUCCUCUUUUGGAGAAUUUCUUUAGUAAUACAAAGCCUUCAAUAUUGGGUUAUUUGGUACUCUGAGGACUAGUUAAUUACUCCUGCAUUGGGUUUUCAUCAUCUCUAGCAACUGACUGCUAAAGGACUACAUUCAAGUAGUUUAAGUAUGCACAGCUGACAGGCUUCCUACUGUUUGGUAAAAGUCCUAAACUUUGUGUUCUCAUGGGUUUUUUAAUGGAAUUAUUUGGUGAUACUGUCUCAGUAGAAUAUUGUCCCAGCUAGAGGAAGAAUAACAAUUUAAGUAAAUAUACUCAGUUAACUUAAAAAGCAAAUAAACACCCAUAGCCUUCUCAAAUAGCAACUCAUAGGUUGAAAUGUUCCAUAGCAUAUCUUGUGAGCAAUUCCAUUGUUGCUGAAACUAUUGUCUUGAACUCAAAGGUAGAUUGAUGUAAUCACAAAUGAAGAGAGAUGUCCUGUUUUCUAAAACACUGACUCUUAAGUUCAAACACUUGUACCUUUUGAAUGCUUUUGGAACUAUGUGCAAGGAACAUGAUUCAUAAAGAUGUAUUUUUUCACUUUAAUUGGCCAAGCCAUGAAAAAUGGGGCCUAGUGACUGAAGGAAUAAAACAUGCAAAUGUAUCUGAGACUAGUUGGAAAUACAUCACUUGCCUUGGCACCCAGCUCCUUUUGUGUGCAUAUAACAGCCUGUGAACCUGAACCUACGUCUGGGGCAGCUUGGAUCCGUUGGUUUGUUAGAAACAGUUCGGGGGACUUCCCUCAGCUCUAACUUAAAGCAAUAGAAAUGAAGUAUGCAGAAGGCUUGAGGACAGUUGUGGAAUACAAGGGUUUUAUGGAAAAGAAGAGCUGAGUGUCAAGUUUUUAAUUGGCCAAGCUGUUUGGGGGGUUGGGGGGGGAAAUGAACAAAGAAACCCCAGUAGCAGCAUGUGGCAAAACUUCUGGAUACUGUGUUCUUGACAUUAGUCUAAUGGAAGUGCUAAAUUUCCUGUUCCUCAAGUAUUUUGAAGCAGAAUGCAGUGUGACUGUAUGAAUACUUGCAUUUCUCUGCACUCCCCUCCAUAAAAAUUGUGGCCUUUUAGUAAUAAAGAAACAGGUUCUCCCCUGUCCCUGCACUGGAUCAUAAUGGCUUUUUCCCUAAGCUCUCACUCUCCCUGCUUUUAGGCUGCUGUUUUCUCAUCUUAAUGUUUUGCUAAAUGUCAUUAAAGGGACUACAGGUAACAUCUUGAAGAAAUCUUACCGUUCUCAUAGGCUUGAACUGUGUUGCUUUUGGAGGCGAA